AUGAGCUUUGCUAAGGACUGUCUGCUGAUCAACUACAAAAAUAGUUUUGCUGAUCGUGUGCAACUUCACGCAUAUGGAAAGGUGUUCCUGGCCCGAAAGGUUGGCGGACGCGAUCAUGGGACCCUUUAUGCGAUAAAAGUUUUGCGUAAAAGCCGUGUAAUAACAAAAGCAAAAACUCUGGAACAUACUUUGUCGGAGCGGCAUGUACUCGAGCGCCUCAAAGGAUUGCCUUUUCUGGUUAAAAUGGUCUAUGCAUUUCAGUCCGAUUCCAAAUUGCACAUCGUUAUGGGUUGGUGUUUUCCUUGUCAUUUUUUUAAUGAACCUGUGCGCUACAGGCAUUUUUGUUUGCUGCAAACGUUCUGA